AUGAAGCUGUUCUACAUUUUGCUGCUCACACUUCCUCUACUGGCGCACAGCUAUCCUGCGGAGAGCGAAGACAAAUCCAUCUCACUAGAGGAGGUGGAACUGCCCGAUAGCGACCAUGCGGCCUCAGGCGGCGAGUCACAAAUACAAAAACGCUCUGGCAGUUUUGAUUACGUUGCGCAUCUGAAGUCUGGUCUUCUCUCGAGUAUUGGACAAGCGUCCGCGUCCAUAGCCUCGGGCAGUUCGGGCGGCAGUAGUGGUGGUGGCGGAGGCGAUGGCUACAAGUCAUACGAGUCGGCACAUGGCAACUCAGUCGACUACAAUCCAUGGACAUUUAAGAAAUCUGUGCUCAACACCAUCUUCCAGGCGGUGAAAGCCAUCACUGGUGGUGUGACAGCGCUCAAGGGUCAGCUGAUUAAGGGCAGUGGUUAUGCAUUGAGCGCUAGUGGUAAUUUGGUUGCUUCGUCUGGCGACAAAGUGACCGAUGUUGGCAAAGCAAUCAUAAACUCGGCGCAAAUAAAUUCACAUGGCUAUGGCGGUGGCGCUUCGGUGCAUCCCUUCGCCAAGUUCAGCUCCUUUUCGGGUGCUUCGUCGGGCGGUAGCAGCGGCGGCAAUAAACACCCAGGGCCGCCUGUGGUGCACACAGAGACGAUUACUACAUAUGAAAUUCCACCCGGCCAUAGCAACUACGGUCCACCCUCGAAGCCGCCAACCUACAGCUCAGCAACGCAUCAAUACUUGCCACCAGCGACGGGCGGUUAUAGCGGCGGCGGAGCGCCAUUCAGCAGCGGACAUGCGGCAUUCGAAGCGCCGGCCAGCAAUUACCUGCCAACCGGCUACUCCAACGAUGGACGCAACGAUGAUUUCAACAUUUACGGACGCCAUCAGAAACUUAGCGAAGCGGACACGCGCAAAGCCGCCGCACAACUACAGGAAAUCUUGAGCCUCCUGCCAAGCGGCAAAACGGAAUUCACCGCCUCAAAGACCGUCGUGUUGGACACACACAAUCACGGUUCAGCGCACACAGGACCUGGUGGGGACUUCAAUAAUGAGAGUGUUGAUCUGCACACCUACGGUCUGCCCAAUGAUUUGGGACCGCUGGAGUCGCUGUCACACACCGAGUCCAUAACCGCAGCGUAUGCGAAACGACCACAGAAUCCCUCCGAUAUUUAUCGCCAAAUGGCGAAGAAACAAACUGCAGAAGAGAUUUACAUACAGAAACAUCCCAAUGAAGGCUACGAUUACCGGCCGACAAGUCCACCACCCACUGGUGGCAAUGCUCAACAAGAUGGCGGUUACAAGUACAACAACUAUCAUGCAACAAACAGCGCACUGAAAGAUCUAACGCCCAUUAUAGCCGCACUAGAGGUGGCAAAGCGACGGGGUUCCACGCAAAACGAUGUGUCCAAACACUUCACUGUGGAGAAGAGUGUCUAUAAAGUGGCGCCACAGUCUGCAACCAAGUCGAACAAUCAAUUCAAGUAUCUACCAGCUUCGGUGCAGAAGACGAAACACAUAUACUUCGAUCCGGCGCAAAGUAAGGCCGAUACUGACUAUCAGCCAACCUAUGUGCCGCCUCCACCAUCAGCACCGUCAGUCUCGUCCAUCGGCGCAGCAGCGCCACCACCACCGCCGCCACCAUCAUCACCUCAAGCUGCAGCGCCUGCGCCUUCAAACAGCUACGUCGCGCACCACAAUUCAGCGUACAACCCUCAGCAACAGCUCUCGCAACCGGUUUAUCACGCACCGCCGGCGCCAGCGACGCCUUACAAGGUGCGUCGUCAAGUGCCGAGCUCUUCAGUUACGGCGCUGAAGGUGCACACCAAGACGGGGCCUUACUUCAAGCAACACGACUACGAAAUACAUGAUCCGCUCAUGUUCAAUCGCAUGUUGUCCUUCUGA